AUGACCAAAUUUCUUCCAGCAGAAGAUAACAUAACUAUAUCCUUUUUUCAUGAUAACUGUUCAAACUGCAGUGUGAUAUCUUCUUUCAACAUAGAUAUCAGUAAGACACUGGUCUUAGGCUUGGUGCUGAUAGUCUUUAUAAUAUUCGGUGUGAUGGGCAACAUCAUGGUCAUCCUCUCUGUUGCGUACCAUCGGCACCUUCGCUCUGUAACACAUUACUUUAUCGCCAAUCUUGCUGUGGCAGACCUGCUUCUCAGCUCUGUGGUGCUACCUUUCUCCGCUGCCUCUGAAUUCUUGGACCGUUGGAUAUUCGGGCGAACUUUAUGUAACGCCUGGAUUGCACUUGAUGUACUGUGCUGCACAGCCUCAAUCCUCAGCCUUUGCAUUAUCUCUGUGGAUCGUUGUGUGGCUGUAAGUUACCCACUGCUCUAUCCUUGCCUGGCCACAGGAAGUAGGGCACGGGCUGCAGUCGUGGCUCUCUGGGCCCUCUCGGCUGCCAUAUCUGUUGGCCCACUGUUUGGAUGGAGAGAGCCUAUGCUGGAGGAUGAAUCAGUGUGCAGAGUCAAUGAAGAACCAGGAUACGCAAUCUUCUCCGCUGUGUGCUCAUUCUACGUGCCGUUGGCAGUGAUUUUGGCAAUGUACUGUAGGGUGUAUGCUGUGGCCCGCCACAAGACUCACUCCAUGAGUAAGGGCAGGCUGACAAAUGGGUUAACAGAGCAUGGGGUGACAGUACGGAUCCACUGUCGCAAUGCUCAGCAUGCCGCUGGGAAGGACGGUGCCAUGCCAUCAAGGCAGUCUCACUUUGCUUUCAUGCAUCUUCAUAAGUUUUCCCAAGAGAAGAAGGCAGCGAAGACUCUGGGGAUUGUGGUGGGUUGUUUUGUGCUCUGCUGGCUGCCUUUUUUCCUAGUGCUGCCCAUAAGCUCCAUCUCCCCCUCCCAUAGACCCUCAGACACUGUCUUCAAAAUUACUUUCUGGCUUGGCUACUUCAACAGCUGCCUCAACCCCAUCAUCUACCCGUGCUUCAACCAGGAGUUCAAGAAGUUUUUCCAGAAUGUUCUUCGUGGCCUCUGCAGACUGCCCAGGACCCCCCCAUCAGGCCAUUGUCGAAGCCCUAUGACCCUGCAUGACCCCAAACCAGGCUCACAAUUUAUCCUCGCACUGCCUCCACAGGGUUUAUCAUCUAGCUCUAUUGACUCAGCAGCAUGCUGGAGGUCUAAUAAGGCAUCACAUACCACUGUGGUACUGACUGAGCAUUCCUAUUCUGCACAUGGCCACUGUAUGUGUGUACUGAAGACCUGCUACUUCAAUACCACAGAGAAAUCUGCAUGCUCAUGCAUGGAACUGCACACAACAACAGAACAAUCUCUGACUAAGGUUCAUCAGGUUUCUAUAGGUGAUAUGGAAGGUGAUGCUAUAUGA